AUGGGGCAGGUCAAAGAGAUCCGCAGAUUCCACAUGUCCCCGAUGAGCCCGCCAGAGGUCUUCCCCAUGACCACCGUCUUCGCGGUGGACAACCCGGCCAUGGACGUCACCAUGCACCUUGGCAGUUUGCAGCGCCUCUCGCCAAUCGAGCCGCAAUUGGCUUUGCUCAUGAGCAUGGCCGACGCGGUGAAGAAGAAGGCGGAGGACAGCGUCCUGUUAAAGUGGAGGCAGGUCGCGCUGUCGGCGCCAGUGACGUUCGAGGUGCAGGCGGAAGGCGACACUCGGAAUUGGCGCGCCCAUAACAUUCGGCAGGAGUGGAUCGAGACAGGGGAUACAGCCCAACUCAGCGCGAGGCAAUGGGUGUACGACAUCGUCGGUUUUAAGGAGGCGAAGGAGAAGGAGAUUGGUAAGACGCUGGGUAGCAAGGAGCUCAGCCAGCUCUACGAGAAGCACAUGAAGUACGCGAAGUCUACAGUCCGCGUGAAACCGACCUUCGUGGAUAACGCGAUCACCGUCCACAAGCGGCUGUUGUCCCUGGAAGACUCCAACAAGUGCCUUGUCUGGGCGGACGAGAACUUGAUGACCGAUUCCCCGUGGACGAGCCUCUACGCGAUGCAGGCUGUGGUCGAGCGCGCGUCGACUCCCAACAAGAUCGAUUGGGCGAUGAUGGGCCUCACGGACCAUUACCGCAUGGAGUUCAUUGACUUAGGCAAGUUCGGUGUCAACAAGCUCAGGGACUACAGGGAGAGCUACGUCGAGGUCUUGAACUUGAAGCUCGACGUGAAGAACGAGAUGCUGUUCAAAUGGCUUCCGCGCGUUGGCAUCCCAAGCGAUCACGUCGCAACCAUACAGCAGAAGAUGGGUACCUUCGCCGCGGUGCGGGCGUACGUCACUGGCUACCCGGGGGAUACAGUCGAUACCACGUGGCAAGCUCUGAUGAAGCAGUCGGCUGUUUCGGCUGUCACGCUCAUCGAGGAGUUGGUGUACACCAUCGAGUUCGACAGGCGCUACACCAAUGCCAUCCAGUCGAAGCUCGAUGUGGCGGACUUUCUCGCCUACGAGUCGGUCGCCAUGCGUAUGAACGAAGUCAUCGAAAUGGCGAAGAGGGAGAACGGGACUGAUGGCGCCGAGGCGGCUGGAGCGGCCGGAGCGGCCGCCUCCUCUGCCGGGGCUGCCGCCGCAGACCCGGGCAGCAACAGCAUGACAUCAGCGGGCGACGCGCCCAAGGAGUUGAAGAAGUUCGCCCAGUUGCCAGAGACGGACAAGCAGAAUUGGAACAGGGUCAUUGACAAGGUCGUUCGGACUUACAUUCAGAUCGUGCCCGACCAGAAAACGCAGGCUGAGCUGGAGAACGUGCUCUGGGACUCCGCGCUCGCCACCAUCAAGGGUGACCCCACGGGGCUGGUGCUGUACCACUUCGACGCGAAGCAGUUCGGCGAGCCGCAAACCAGGCCUGAGCUGCGCAUUGCGCCCCUCAGGGAGAAGCCGCACGAGCGUCUCGUGCGUUCGAUGUUGAACGCAAGGGCGCCCCAGGGGCAGCCGAGCCAUCUCCGCAAUGGGGAGGUCGCAGUGAUUCUGGACGGCGGGCGGAGGGGCAAUGCGUCCAAGCUGCUCGCGCCGUGGAAGGAGAACACCGUCGAGAAGAAGGAGGCUAAGGGGCGCGGCCGCGGCGGCGAUGAGGCGAUGGAGGCCGACGACGACGAUCAGGACGGCGACGACGACAGCGACAACGAGCAGAGGGCCGGCUUCAAAGCUUCGAUCAUCCAGCUCGCGUACACGGAGGACAGCCUGAAAGCGCGCCGCAACAGGGUGCACGGAGGCACAGGGAGCCUGCACCAGAUAGAGUGGGCGCACAUGGUGGCACACGCGCGCAUUUCGAUCCCUGAGCGGCGCCGCAAGUACUUCGAGGGCAGCACGGCAGGGGAUCUGAUUACUGGCAUCGAGGUCCCAGAGCUUGGCAAAGAAUGGCGCGUGCUGUGGAAGGACAAGAAACUUAUGUACGGAAGGAAAAAUCUGAUUGCCGUGGGUGGCAAAACAGAAGGCAUUGAGCCGCUCCAGGAGCGGAAGACCGACGAGACCAUGAUCCCCGUGAAUUUCCACGGCGUGCCGAUGGUCUACUACAAAGAGCUGAUCCACAUGUUCUAUGUUAAAUGCGUGCUGGAUCUGACCCCGACCGAUGCGAAAUUCGCGUGGGCUUGUCUCCAGGAGAGGAUCGCAUACGUCGGGGUGGCAUUCACGAAGGAGCACAUGGAGAAGAUCUACUCCUACCUGACGGACCUCGUGAAGCAGGCGAUGGCGGAUGCCGGGUCCAAGCUGUUCAACAAGGACUACGCGAAAUCUCUCGGCAUGGAGGAGCUCCCUGUCGGGCAUUUCGCCGACGGCAGCGGCGAGCUGCGGUGGCUGCCGACAGCGAGCGAGCUGCGGUGGGAGUCUUCUGGCGCACCACCGCAGCUCGCUGCCGACAGCGAGCUGUGGGAGCUCCUACCGCAGCUCGCUGUCGGCAGUGAGCUGCGGUGGUGCGCCAGACUCCUACCGCAGCUCGCUGUCGGCAGUGAGCUGCGCCGGCGGUGCCACCGCAGCUCGCUGCCGUCGGCGAAACGCCCGACAGGGAGCUCCUACCGCAGCUCGCUGUCGGCAGUGAGCUGCGGUGGUCUGGCAGACCUCUCCUACCGCAGCUCGCUGUCGGCUGGCACGACGACGAAUCGCCAGCAGCCGAGGCAGCCGCGGCGCCCGAAAGUCCUGAAGCUGGGAUCUGAUUUCUCAGGCUUGGAGACGGCGUCCGUGGCCAUGGGGCGCAUGGGUAUCAAUCAUUCUCUCGUUUUCGUCAGCGAGUCGGAUUCGGCGUGCAUGUCGAUCAUCAAAAAGAAGUACCAGCCGGCGCACGCGUUCUCUGACAUAUUGGAGCGUACGGAGGAGGAAGAGACAUACGUCGACAUGUAUGCGUGGACCCCGCCUUGCCAAGACUUCGCUUCGGGCGGCAAACAGAAGGGAGUCAAGGGCCCGCGCAAGACAGGGGAUCUGAUCAAAAAGUCCAUACAGUACAUCAAGAGGAAUAAGCCCCGCGUGACCAUCUUCGAGAACGUCCCGACCCUCACAAACAAGAAGUUUAUCCACAUCCUGAAGGGCAUUGAAGAAGCGCAGAAGACGCUUGGAUACGUCGUACACGUGAAUAAGCUGAACAGCAAGGACUUCGGAGUUCCCCAGACGAGGGAGCGCGUCUUCGUUGUCGGCGUGCGGCAAGACAGCGUGAUGCAUCCGUUCACGUGGCCACAGAAGCAGGCGACGCCUCCAGUGACUUCCAUCCUGGAGCCCAAGCGCGCCACCACCGACGUGGCAGGUCGGCUCCCCAGCAGCGAGCGCAGCCGGGGCAUGUGCAAGGACGCUUACAAGAAAGCAUGCGAGAAGAAGGUGGACCCGCGCCUGACCCCAGCGUUGGUCGACAUCGACUGUUCCAAGAAGUUCGCCACGCACGGGAUCAACAUCGCCAGGGCGCUCACCAAAACCCGUGGCCAGGACGGGGGUCCGUGGGUCUCCAGCCGCGGGCGGCGGGCGACGCUGCAUGAGAUGAUGCGGCUUCAAGGUUUCGCCAAGGGGGACAUUCCACAGGCUGAGCUCGACUUGUCCGACCGCCAGAUCGGCGGCAUGAUUGGCAACGCGGUCAGUGUGCAUACCAUGGGCGCCAUUUUGUCUGAGGCGCUCUACAGCGCUGGGCUCACGAAGACGCGGGUUCCAUUCCCCUUGCACUAUGGGCCGUGGGCCGCUGACCCUUACAUCAAGGAGACAGCCAUGAUCUUCGCUCGCGGCCGAGGCUCCAUAGCACGCAUGAUUCAGAACAGCCCGCACAUCCGACAAGUGUUCGUGAACUACACGAAGAUGUGCCGGAACAAGUCUGUCAACACAGAGCGGUGCUUGAUGUUGGCGAUGAUGGCCGACGCAAGUGACCAGGCAAUGCAACUCACUCGGAUUUUAGAUGACGAGCCGGCCGAUCCAGCCAUUCUCAAUCGCGAGGUGUUGGCGUUCAACUUGUCUAUCACUGGCUUAUUUGGCAGUUCGCGCGGAUGUUUGUCUGUGUUUGGCUACGCGACCAUGAUGCUGAAGCUGCUGAAGAUUCCGAUUGUGUGGCAAGUUGAUGGGGCGAGUUAUCAUAUCGGGGACGAGGCCGGUGUCUCGGCGGAUAUCAUAGACAAGUGCAUCGCCAGGAUGCGCUCCUACAUCGUUCUUUCGCGAGCGGCUCUGAAGGCCGAGUUCCCAACUUUCGAACUGGCCCAGGACAACUGGGCGAUCAACGCUUCGUGCGCUCGCCACCUCACGGCCAGCCACCCGUCCGACGUGCUGGGCCGUGCUCUUGUCGCCUUCAUCGCCUAUGGCUUGAGCUCGUCUGGAGUGGAACAGAAAUUCAGUCAAGCUGCGCUGAAGUUCACUGACCGCAUGGGCAAAGCCACGGCGGAUCACGAGGAAGGGUUCCUCAAGGUGGCUAUGGAUUUCCCUGAAUCCGACCAGCCAGAGAUCAUCAGGAUGGCACAGCGAGUGUGGCGCAUGUCGUUCGGCCCGCCCAGGACGUCGCCCCUGCUCCCUCGGAUCGACAAGGGCGUGAAGCGCAGCGCGGGCCCCGCUGAUUUCACGGAGGCGGGCUUCAUCGCGAAGCGGCGGAGGGCCGCCCGGAGCGCAGCCGCGUCUGUGCUGGGCGCCGAGAGGGCGCUGGCAAUCCAGAACGAUCUAGUCGGCUUCCGAGCAGGCGCUGCAUGGGGGGAGACCCACGAGAAGGAGCUGUCAUUUCUCAACAACAAGUUGCGGGACAAGUCCUUGGCAGCAAUUCACGAGAACGGCCUCCUCCAACAUGAAUCCAGCCCGGCUCUUCGCGCUGAUGCAGCUCAGAAGGCAGCGAAGCAGAUCGCUGACCUGAAGGCGCGCCAGCGCAGGCAGGCACGCGAUGCGGAGUUCUUACGCGGCGCCAGUCGAGCAGAGAUGAUGGCAGCGAUCAGGGGCAAAACUGUCUAUGUGCACGACAGUUGCCGAGGGGGGGCAGGUCUGGAGCGUGCGCUCAGGGAGGCGUGCCUGAGGAUCAAACGAUCUUUCGAGGCUGAUGUGUUUGUUGUUCCCAAGCCAGGAGCAGCUCAACCGUUCAUCGCAUUUGCGUCUGCAAUGAGGGGCGGUUUCCAGGUGUCGCCUGGAUUCCUGAUUUCGGGGCGCGGCCCAGCUUUGAAGUACAUGCAAGUGUGCCACCUAAAGAAGACAUUGUACAUGUCGCCGGGCAGCAAUACCAAGUAUUGCGCGUUCCUGGAACUACUUUUCUCCAGGAUUCCGCAGUGCAAGUGGAAAAUUGAUGGGGUUAGUAGCUGGGCCACCUUGAAGGCAGCGUUCACAGGCGCUAAGAAGAGCGCUCUUUUGGCGUUAGUGUUGCCUGAUGAGUUGCGCCAAGAUGCGUACAAGGACUUUAAGAAUUCAUUUGCAUUCGGGGGUUUGGUCCAGAAGCUUGCGUCCGUGGACACUGCGCGCUCUUGCUCGGGCAUGCAGUGA